AAUCCCCCGGCCCAUUUUCGGUCUGGCUUGCGACUUGCCUGAAUGAAAACACAGGAGCGACGCCACCACCAGUGAAGCAGUGCUGUAGUGAUACAAAAUAAAUUCAACUGCAACCUUACUCUGCGGGUUUUCUUCUCGGGAGUCAACGGUAUUUCCGAUCAGCGCGCUGUGUGCUGGACGUGACAGAGCAGUAUGGACCCACGAAAAGUGACAGAGUUAAAGGCCUUCGUGCAUAUGUGCGAGUCCAGUCCCGAGAUCCUGCACCUUCCAGAGCUGGGCUUCCUCCGGACCUGGCUGCUGAGCAUGGGUGCAACAAUCCCUCCCCCAUCCAAGACAAAGGGCUCAUGCCAGGGUGGCUGUCCUUGUGGUCCUCCACCUACAUCGGCUUCAUCAUCUGAGCCCGAGCCUCCUGCACAGUCCGAGAGUGAGGAGAGUGAAAUAGAAAUUGACAACGAGGGAGUGAUCGAGCCAGACACUGAUGAACCACAGGACAUGGGAGAAUUUGACACCAUUGAGGUCACGGAGGAGAUGAUGGACCAGGCCAAUGAGAAGAAAAUGGAGGCCAUUGAUGCUGUAGGAGAAGGUGAUCUGCAGAAAGCUCUGGAUCUUUUCACUGAAGCCAUCAAGCUGAAUCCCUGCCUAGCCAUCCUUUACGCCAAGAGGGCAAGUGUCUACAUCCAGAUGCAGAAACCCAACGCAGCCAUAAGAGACUGUGACAGAGCCAUCAGCAUCAACCCAGACUCUGCACAGCCUUACAAGUGGAGGGGAAAAGCUCACAGACUGCUGGGCCACUGGGAGGAGGCAGCCAGGGACCUGGCAACAGCCUGUAAAUUGGACUAUGAUGAGGCCGCCAGUGCGAUGCUGAAGGAGGUCCAGCCUAAGGCUAACAAAAUCAUAGAGCACAGACGCAAAUAUGAGCGCAAAAGGGAAGAGAAGGAGAUUAAGGAGAAACAAGAGCGGAUAAAGAAAGCCAGAGAGGAGCAUGCACGGGCUCAGAGGGAUGAGGAAGCACGGCAGAGUGGAGCAGGAUUCUUCCCAGGUCAGGCUGGAUUCCCAGGUGGAGCUCCCGGUGGCAUGCCUGGUCUUGGUGAAUUCCUUAAGGAUCCUGAGCUGCUCAACGCCAUGAAGGACCCUGAGGUGAUGGCUGCCUUCCAGGAUGUGGCACAGAACCCGGCCAACAUCGCCAAGUACCAGAGCAACCCCAAAAUCAUGGCCCUCGUCACCAAGCUGAGUUCCAAAUUUGGAGCCUCACCACAGCCAUAGACCAGGAAAGGACCAAAGCUAAGAAGGGAGGGGAGAGCGGAUACGUGGUGAAACAUCUGGAGAGCCACAGCGCUGUUCAACAAUUAUUCCACUGUGUGCAGAUCCAACAGGGGAGCGGGUGAUUAAUUUGUGUGAUGUAGAGAAAGUGAGGCAACUUUUUAAAUGUUCUUAAUCAGCCUGUUAGCACUAGCAUCGUCUCAACAAAGGUUAGGAGUCAGGUCUGACCACCUCCUGACUCGUCUCAGCCGGGACUUCACUUAACCACAGGUUGACAUUUCUUAACCUGUAUCUGGAAUGCUAAACUGGGAGCUCCUGCAUUGAGACGCUAGCUCACAAACUUUAGCUCCCGGCCUGUUCUUUACCUUUCUUUUCUUUCUCUGAGCAGAACCCCUCACACACAACCGUCUGCGUCUUUUGUUAUCUGAUCUAUUAUGAGAAGUAACUGAUAUUUGACCCUGUUGGAAAAAUGAUUCACAAUAAUAAAACCUCUGUUGCUGCAAAAAA